CGCUCCGACGCGCGCGCCGCGAUGGCCGCGGAGAAGAAGCCGCCGUCUCUCGCGAAGAUCGCCCUCGCCGGCGGCUGGGCCGGGUCGAUGGAAAUUUUGGUGACCUACCCGCUCGAGUUCGCGAAGACGCACCUGCAGCUGCAGCACGGCGCGGCGGGGACGAAGAGCGGCUUCGACCGGGGCGUCGUCCACUGCCUCGCGAGCACCGUCGAGCGCCACGGCGUCCGCGGCGUCUACGCCGGCUGCACGUCGUGGUUCGUCUUCGCGGGCCCCCGGAGCGCGGUGCGCUUCGCGGCCUUCGAGCGCCUGUCGCGGGAGGCGCCGCGGACGAGUGGGUGGGACUUCCUCUGCGGCCUCGGCGCGGGCGUCUGCGAGGCCGCGCUCUGCCAGACGCCGAACCAGAGCAUCCAGAUCAAGCUCCAGCACGACGCGGCGCCGGCGGUCGCGGCGAAGCGCUACUCCCACCUGCCCUUCCUCCGGGCCUGCCGCGAGAUCGCGCGGCAGCACGGGCCCCUCGCGUUCUACGACGGCGUCGUCCCCGCGAUGGUCAAGGGCGCGCUCACGAACUCGAUCCGCUUCGUCGGCUACCGCGGGCUCACGCGCGGCCUCGGCCUCGGCGGCGACGGGCCGGCGCCGACGCCGGCGCAGUCCAUGCUCUGCGGCGGCGUCGCGGGCGCCGUCUCCGCCGUCGCGUCCCAGCCCGUGGACACGGUCAAGGCGAACAUGAUGGGCCUCGACCGCGGGCGCUACGCGUCGUCCCUCGCGUGCGCGAGGGCCAUCGUCGAGGCCGACGGCGCCGCCGCGCUCUUCAACGGCCUCCGCCCCCGCGUCGUCCGCGUCUUCUUCGAGGUCGGGCUCCAGUUCGCGCUCUUCGAGCAGUGCACGAAGAUCGUCGACGACCUGUGGUAA